AUGAGGACACAGACUCUGGCUGUUGCCCUCCUGGCGGCAGCUGAUCACGUUGCCGCUGCCGUGACUCUGGAAGGAAAGUUGCACAAGCGCGACCUCGCCUACUCGCCGCCUGUCUACCCGUCACCAUGGAUGGACCCUAGUGCCGACGGCUGGGCUGAUGCCUACACCAAGGCGAAGGACUUCGUCUCCCAACUGACCCUCCUCGAGAAGGUCAACCUGACUACCGGAGUUGGCUGGCAAGGAGACUUGUGCGUCGGCAAUGUUGGAGCUGUCCCCCGUCUAGGACUCCGCGGUCUUUGCAUGCAGGACGGCCCCGUCGGUAUCCGUUUCUCCGAUUACAACUCCGUCUUCCCCUCCGGCCAGACUGCUGCCGCGACUUGGGACCGAAACUUGAUUUACCGCAGAGCCGAAGCCAUUGGAUUCGAGCACCGCUCCAAGGGUGUCGACGUUGUUCUAGCCCCUGUUGCCGGUCCCCUUGGCCGCGCACCCACUGGUGGCCGAAAUUGGGAGGGCUUCUCUGUCGACCCUUACUUGACGGGCGUUGCCAUGGCCGAGUCGGUCAAAGGAAUUCAGCAGCACGCUAUCGCAUGUGCUAAGCAUUUUAUCGGGAACGAACAAGAGCACUUCAGACAAGCGCCAGAGGCUAUUGGCUACGGAUACAACGUUACCGAGUCCGUGUCAUCCAAUAUUGACGACAAAACAAUGCACGAGCUAUACAUGUGGCCCUUUGCGGAUGCCGUUCGCGCCGGCGUCGGUUCCAUCAUGUGCUCUUACAAUCAAGUCAACAACUCGUACGGAUGCCAGAACUCGAAGCUUCUCAACGGUCUCCUGAAGGAAGAGCUUGGUUUCCAGGGUUUCAUCAUGUCCGACUGGCAAGCUCAACAUGCAGGAGCUGCUACCGCUGUUGCCGGUCUCGACAUGGCCAUGCCAGGUGAUGUGCUCUUCAACACUGGAACCACAUUUUGGGGAACGAACCUUACCGUAGCCGUCCUAAACGGCACCGUACCUGAGUACCGCCUUGAUGAUAUGGCCCUGCGCAUCAUGGCCGCCUUCUUCAAGGUCGGCCUCAAGGUGGAGGAUGAACCCGACAUCAACUUCUCCUCGUGGACUAAGGCCACGGUUGGCCCGGCUCACUACUUCGCCAAGGAGAACAUUGAGGUCAUCAACCAGCACGUAGACGUUCGCAGGGGCCGAGAGCAUGGCAAUCUCAUCCGUGAGAUCGCUGCCAAGGCCACUGUACUACUGAAGAACAAGGGAGCCCUGCCUCUCAAGAAGCCCAAGUUCCUGGCCGUUAUUGGAGAGGACGCCGGCCCUAACUCUCAAGGUCCCAACGGAUGUGCUGACCGUGGUUGCAACGACGGCACCCUCGGUGCGGCAUGGGGAUCAGGAAGCGCCGAGUACCCCUAUCUUAUUACUCCUGACCAGGCACUGCAAGCGCGGGCUAUCGCGGAGGGUUCUCGGUACGAGAGCAUCCUCAGCAACUACGAGUCCGCAGCUACCACGGCGCUGGUCACACAGCCAGACGCUACGGCCAUUGUCUUUGUUAACGCGGACAGUGGCGAAGGCUACAUCAACGUGGGUGGAAACGAGGGUGACCGCCAGAACUUGACCCUUUGGAACGCGGGAGACGAGCUGGUUAAGAACGUGUCUUCCAUCAACAACAACACCAUUGUCGUCAUCCACUCUGUCGGCCCUGUUUUGCUGACUGAUAUGUACAACAACCCCAACAUCACUGCGAUUGUUUGGGCCGGUCUUCCGGGUCAGGAGUCGGGUAACUCGAUCACGGACGUGCUUUACGGAGACGUCAACCCCGGAGGCAAGUCCCCGUUCACUUGGGGGCCCACCCUUGAGAGCUACGGCACCAACGUUCUGUACGAGCCCAACAACGGCCAGGGCGCUCCUCAGGAUGACUUUACUGAGGGCGUCUUCAUCGACUACCGCCACUUCGACCGAGCCACUGCCGGUUCCGACGGCAACGGAAACUCCAGUGGCGCUGCCCCCAUCUACCCAUUCGGCUUUGGUCUCUCAUACACAACUUUCGAGUUCUCCAGCUUGGUCGUGGCCCCUAGGAACGCCAGCGAGUACAAGCCGACCACGGGCGAAACGGCCAAGGCGCCGACUUUCGGCAACUACAGCACCGACCCUGCCGAAUACGUCUUCCCCAGCAACGAGUUCCGUUACAUCUACAACUACAUCUACCCCUACCUUAACACCUCGGAUGUUCGCGAGUCUGCCAACGACCCCAAGUACGGACAGGCGGCUGACGAAUUCCUGCCUCCCCGGGCCCUGGAGAGCAGUCCCCAGCCCAAGAACCCCGCAUCAGGCGCCCCUGGUGGCAACCCUCAGCUUUGGGAUGUUCUGUACACCGUGACUGCCACGGUCACCAACAUGGGCGAUGUGGCCGGCGACGAGGUUGCCCAGCUGUACGUCUCCCUUGGUGGUCCGCAGGACCCGGUCAAGGUGCUGCGUGGUUUCGAGCGCCUCACUAUCGAGCCCGGCGCGUCGGCGGUUUUCAAGGCGGACAUUACCAGACGCGACCUCAGCAACUGGGACACGGCGAGCCAGAACUGGGUUAUCAGCCAGUACCCGAAGAAGGUGUGGGUCGGAAGCUCGUCGCGAGACUUGCCCUUGAGUGCGUCGCUUUAA